UUCACAGACGUAUACAGACAGGAACUAAAUGGGAAUUAUUUGAAAUAUCGACACUCGAUGCAUGAAAUGGUGGUCUGUCUUGUAUUUCUUGACGGUACAGACAAACAAAUCAAAUAUUAAAAUGCAGGAUCAAGCACCGUUACAGUUUCCAUUGGAGAAGUGGUGCAAAGGAUGGGAACAUCUUUUUUCCUAAAAAAUACAUUUCGUUUAAAGGGAAAAAUAUUCGUUUUUCUUAAUGUAUUAUUUUGUAGCGGUUAGAACUUAUGAGAAGAUGAGGAGUCUAUUUUUUGUUUGGCUUUCAAUUCUUAUGUUCGGACCAAUCCCAUUAUUCAGUUUACAAGUCAAAGAUCCGAAAUGUAGAUACAGAGUACAACUUCCGGUUGCAUCCUGGCACACAGCAUAUGACGCAUGCGCCAAAAAUAACAGAACGUUAGUUACAAUAACAUCGUUAACUGAGAUGUAUCUGAUGGACUUGGUCCUACAAGAGGUUGAUUCAUUGUUUGUAAAUUCAUUAAGUUACAGCCACUCAACUGGAGUGUGGAUUAAAGCAUUCCUCAGGUCCUCAAACAAUGAAAGCAUGUUAGAAAAUUGUAAAUCUUUUGAUCCUCAACUUCCCGUAAAGAUAAGAGAUUCAGGUCCGAAUGACAUGUUCUGUCUUUACUACAAUAAAACAGAGCAGACCUUUAUCACUGAUGAUUGUUCUGAAGAAAAGAUGUUCAUCUGCGAAAGCAAUGAUGAAGAAAUUGAGGCAUGUAUGACGGAAUCUGCAAAAUCAACGCUGAAAGAUGGAAGUCCAUUUAAUUUCUGCAAUAAUGGAAUACAUAAUAGUGCAACUUCCGAACUUUGUGAAUCAAUAUGUUUCUUUGUACAUAGUGCUGACAGUUAUACAGUAUCAUCCACAAAACCCCUCUCCGAAUGGUGUCCAGAAUUGACUGAAGAAGUUAUUCAAGAGAAAAUUGGUAACAUUCAAAAGAAUCUUACAGUUAACCCGAAGGAAACCAAUCAGUACAUUCGCACAUUGACCAGUGCCCCAGAUGACAGACAAUCGGCAAAAAACAUAGGAAUCGUUGGUGUCACAGUGAUCAGUGUCGUGUUUGGAAUUGUAAUUCUCUCGGAUUGUAUCAACAUUGUCAAAGGAGUCCAAAACAAAUGCACACAAGUGAAAGAUAAGUGAAUUGCUUGCAAAUUAAUUAAAAGGGCGAGUC